UCAUGGAAUCCUCUUCCAUUACAAAGAUCGCCGCAGUUCUCCUCGUCAUAGUUCUUUUACACCUCGUAUCCCAGAAUGAAGCAGCGGUAACUUCGACCUCGACAAGAGUGCCGGCAAAGUACACAGACUUCAUCAAGACAAAGUGCAAUACCACCACCUAUCCUUACCCGUGCCUAAAAACACUACUGCCGUACGCGGCGUCGGUGAGGGGAAACGCCACCAAGAUGUCCGUGGCGGCGCUCAAGGUGGCGGUGCAAGGGGCACGGAACGCCACGCUGGCAGUCAAGGAUAUGAAGAAGAAGAAAGGGAUUUCGACGGAGGAGGGUGCGAUCUUGAGGGACUGCAUUGACGAUUUGAAAGACGCGGUUUAUGAGCUGAGGGAUACCUUGGACGCCAUGGAACAUUUGGGCGACGAGGACGGGCAGUUUGAGUGGGAUAACGCCAAGACCUACGCCAGCGCCGUUAUUACCGACAUAGAUUCUUGCAUGGAUGGGUUUUCCGGCAGGAAAGUCGACGCGGCGAGGAAGCGGCAGAUUAGAAACCUCAUUUAUUAUGUAACGCAGCUUGCUAGCAAUGCUUUGUCCCUCGUCACCCAUCUUUACUGAAAACGUACGCAUGCACGCAUGCAUUCUCUCCUUCAUGUUUAU